CCCCAAAUCCAAGUUGCUUGCGUUUCGCCUUACGCAAGUAACUGUGGCUGGUGACUUUUUUCUUUGCCAAGAUUGCCAAGUGACAGGGGAGUGCAUUUUAUUACAUCAGUGGCCGCAGCAGUCACAUUCGGCGCUUGGCCCCCUCCCCCGCCGAAACUUAGACUUGCAUUUGAUCUUUUAUAAACAGCAACUGCAACAAGUAGCCUCACUUUACCUACCUAUCAGGUAUCAACCAACCUACAUACAUACAUAGUAAGUAGUACACUGGAAAAUAAGUCAGUUAGUUCCCAAGAUUCGACAGGUUCCAACCGUUAUUAUCGUUUACAUACAUACUUACCUAUACUAUCAAGCAUCCAAACACAAUAUUAUCGGAACAGUAGGAACCAUUUAGGGUCAAUACCCAAACCCGUCAUAGUCCCUCAUUAGAUCACUCAGUCCAAGUCUAUUGGUCAUGAACGUUAUCAAGCUUCAGAGGAAAUAUCCUCAAUUCCAACAAGGCGAUAUCUUCGGCCUCACCGACGCUUUCCGCAAGCUUGACGUCGAUGACAAAGGCUAUAUCGACGAGGCUACUGCCAUCAAAGCCACCCAGCAAAGCGAGCGACAGCCAUACGAUGUUGUGAGACAGGCUUUGAAGGAAGUCGAGCUUGACUCAUCGCGAAGAGUUGAGCUUGAAGAUUACGUCGGUCUCAUUGCUAAACUACGCGAAUCAUCCCCCGCGCAACGGCGCAUGACCACCGGUAGCGGCGGUGCGCCAGCUUCUCCCGCAGGCAUUGUAUCUCAAAGGACUGGUGGGCAUGCUUCCAAGGGUAGUAUUGGCAAGAUUCAGGUGCAAGGCUCCAGUGCCAACAUCACCCACACCAUCAACGAGGAUGAGCGAACCGAAUUCACUCGCCACAUCAAUGCCGUCCUCGCCGGUGACCCCGAUAUUGGGAGCCGACUACCAUUCCCCACCGAUACCUUCGAAAUGUUCGACGAGUGCAAGGACGGUCUCGUGCUUGCCAAGCUUAUCAACGACAGCGUACCCGACACCAUCGACGAACGAGUGAUGAACGUACCCGGCAGGAAGAUCAAGAAGUUGAACGCGUUCCACAUGACUGAGAACAACAACAUCGUUAUUGAGUCUGCAAAGGGUAUUGGAUGUUCCGUUGUCAACAUUGGUAGUGGGGAUAUCAUCGAGGUUCGAGAGCACUUGAUUCUAGGUCUUAUCUGGCAGAUCAUUCGAAGGGGUCUUCUAGGCAAGAUCGACAUCAAGCUACAUCCCGAGUUAUACAGACUGCUUGAAGAAGAUGAGACACUAGAGCAGUUCCUACGUUUACCUCCGGAGCAGAUCCUUCUGAGAUGGUUCAAUUAUCAUCUAAAGGCGGCCGGUUGGCAGCGCCGGGUCGGCAAUUUCUCGACCGACGUAAAGGAUGGUGAGAAUUACGCAGUUUUACUUGCGCAGAUUGGAAAAGAUUACGGAUGCAGCAGAGCUCCUCUCCAGACGCGCGAUCUAUUGCAGCGAGCAGAAGAGGUGCUGGUUGACGCCGACAAGCUUAGCUGCCGAAAGUUCCUGACGCCCAGCUCUCUUGUGGCAGGAAACCCCAAGCUUAACCUUGCCUUUGUUGCCAACUUAUUCAACACCCAUCCAGCGUUAGACCCGAUCACCGAAGAAGAGAAGCAAGAGGUAGAAGAUUUCGACGCUGAAGGCGAACGCGAAGCUAGAGUGUUCACAUUAUGGUUGAACAGUCUCGACGUGCAGCCGGGCGUCGUGUCUUUCUUCGAUGACCUUUGCGACGGUGUUAUUUUAUUGCAGGCUUACGACAAGGUCAUCAAGGGGUCGGUAAACUGGAGACAUGUGAACAAGCGAGCUGCAAGCGGUGCUGAGUUGAUGAGGUUCAAGGCGGUCGAGAACACGAACUACGUUGUCGAGCUUGGCAAGCAAAAUGGGUUCUCCCUGGUUGGUAUCCAAGGCGCGGACAUCACAGAUGGAAACAAGCUGCUCACACUAGGCCUUGUCUGGCAACUCAUGCGAAAGGAUAUAACUCUGACGCUAUCAGCUUUGGCGCAGCGUCUUGGCAAACGGGAGAUCACCGAUGCGGAAAUGGUGAGAUGGGCGAACGACAUGUCUCGCAAGGGAGGCCGAAACUCGGCGGUCCGGUCCUUCAAAGAUCCUUCCAUCGGCAGCGGUAUCUUCUUCUUGGACGUGCUGAACGGUAUGAAGAGUAGCUAUGUGGACUACGACCUUGUCACUCCUGGGCAGACUGACGAAGAUGCGUACAUGAAUGCCAAGCUCAGCAUCAGCAUUGCCAGAAAGAUGGGUGCGACCAUUUGGCUAGUGCCCGAGGAUAUCUGCCAGGUCCGGAGCAGACUAGUCACCACUUUCAUCGGUUCGUUAAUGGCAACUCAUGAGAAAAUGCAGUAGAUGGGAUAGGGGUAUUCUCAAUUUCUCUAGGGGACUGGAAAAGCUGGGGAUCUGAUUCUGAUGACGAUACGUUUGAGCUUGUGACUUAUUAAGUCACUCUUAUAGCCUUGAUAAAAUUACGAAUAGUAGCCUUGAUUCAGGCAUGCGUUAUAGAUUAUGAAGUGAAUUCUUGAGAUUUUGAAAUUCUGGUGUGUUUGAAUAAGCACAUACCCUAGUAUGAGGUACUGUACCCUUCCAAAUGGAUCCAUGGAUCAAUCUGUUGAUAUCUGCAGAGUCCAGAC